GCAAGACUGAUUGUCCGAGGAGGAGCCGUCGUCGCCGAUAAGAGUGUGCACAGCUGUAAGGAUGAGCCCAAGCCAGAAGUGGUGGACGUGCACAAGGAGAUGAGAGUGGAGCUCCAGCGCUCUAGCAUCACCAAGAUGUCAACCCCACCGGCGGUCCUGUGGCAAGAGGUGUACGACGAUCUCAAGCUUCGCUACGGCGGAGAAGGUAUUGCGCUCAAGAUCAUCCCUGCGAAGCCGGCCGUCUCUAUCAUCAAGCACACGCGCAAGGAUUGCUCUGGCGGUGAUGUCUUUGAAGCCAUUCUGACCCAAGCUGUUCGGUGCGUGAGUGACAUGGAUGCGAGGGCCUUUCUUCAGUUCAGCAUCACGCUGUUCAUUGACGGAACAUUUGCGGUGGUUCCUAAGCCGUUCAGUCAGUGUCUGAUUGUGAUGGCUUUCGAGCCUUCUGUCGACCUCUACGUGCCU